AUGGCGCCCGCCCGCCCGGCCGCGCUUCCCCAGCCCGCCGCGCCGCCCGCCGUGGGGCGCUGGCUGCUGGCCUGCAGCGGCGCCGUGGCCGGUGCCGUGGUGCUGGGCGGCGUCACCAGGCUGACAGAGUCAGGCCUGUCCAUGGUCGACUGGCACCUGGUGAAGGAGAUGAAGCCCCCCCGAACGCAGCAGGAGUGGGAGGCCGAGUUCCAGAAGUACCAGCAGUUCCCAGAGUUUAAAAUCCUGAACCACGACAUGACGCUGCCGGAGUUCAAGUUCAUCUGGUACAUGGAGUACUCGCACCGCAUGUGGGGCCGGGCCGUGGGGCUGGCCUACCUGCUGCCUGCCGCCUACUUCUGGCGCCGGGGCUGCCUCAGCCGGGCCCUGCAGGGCCGCGUGCUCGCCCUCUGCGGGCUCGUCUGCUUCCAGGGGCUGCUGGGAUGGUACAUGGUGAAGAGUGGGCUGGAAGAGAAGCCAGACUCGUACGACAUCCCUCGGGUCAGUCAGUACCGUCUGGCAGCACACCUGGGCUCUGCCCUGCUCCUCUACUGUGCCAGCCUGUGGACAGGGCUGUCUGUGCUGCUCCCACAGCACAAGUUGCCAGAAACCAAGCAGCUCCUUCGCUUGAGACAAUAUGCUCAUGGCACUACAGCUCUCAUUUUUCUUACUGCCAUUUCAGGUGCCUUUGUGGCAGGGCUGGAUGCUGGCCUUGUGUACAACUCCUUCCCCAAAAUGGGGGAGCGCUGGAUCCCAGACGAUCUCCUUGCCUUCUCCCCCGUGCUGAGAAAUAUCUUUGAGAAUCCCACAACUGUACAGUUUGAUCACAGGAUCUUGGGAAUUGCCUCCGUCACAGCUGUCACAGCACUGUACCUCUUCUCGAGGAGGAUCCCACUCCCUCGAAGGACGAGGAUGGCUGUGACUUCCUUACUGGCCGUAGCUUACAUGCAGGUGGGCCUGGGCAUCAGCACCCUGCUGCUUUACGUCCCUACGCCUGUGGCUGCCACGCACCAGUCGGGCUCGCUGGCGCUGCUCAGCGUGGCGCUGUGGCUCAUGAGCGAGCUCCGGAGAGUUCCCAAGUAGCGCCGGCGGGACAGCCCUUGGGGAGCCCCGGGCGAUGUGCGCGCAGCCGGGCUGGCGCGGGAGGCGGCGGCGGGUGUGAGUGCGAGCUGUGUAACAUAAAGGAGCUUUGUAACGCGGCUGUGUCUGCUGGGUGCUCCUUGGCCGAGCGAGGGCUGCGGGGGCCGGGCCGGGCCGUGCCGAGCCCAGCGGAUGCGGGCCGAGCCAAGUAGCGGAUCCGGGCCGAGCCGAGCGGAUCCGCCAAUGGGAGCGGGCGGUGCCGCCGGCGCGGCGCGCUGCGGGCGCGGAUUGGCGGCGCGGCGCGGCAGUGGGCGGGGCGCAGUCCGGAGCGGAGCCGCCAUGACGGCGCACAGCUUCGCGCUGCCGCUCGUCCUCUUCUCCGCCUUCUGGGGCCUCGUGGGCAUCGCCGCCCCCUGGUUCGUGCCCAAGGGCCCGAACCGCGGGGUGAUCAUCACGAUGCUGGUGACCACCGCCGUGUGCUGUUACCUCUUCUGGCUCAUCGCCAUCCUGGCCCAGGCCAACCCCCUGUUCGGGCCGCAGCUGAAGAACGAGACCAUCUGGUACGUGCGCUUCCUCUGGGAGUGAGCAGUGCCUGGGAGCUGGCGCCUCAGCAGAGACCCCCAUCAAAUCCAUCACCCUCCUGUAGCUGUUCCAGCCUCUACCCUCCUGUACCAAGCAGCCCCCAGAGGUGCUGGACAGAGGCUGGACCGGCUGCCCAAGCACACCUGGAGCACUGCAGCCUGGACCAAUGGAUGGCUGGGCCCCCAAGCAUGGCAGGCAGCAUCCCUGGAUGAGGGCCUACUAAUCCAGCCCUAGGAGCAGCCACGCUGCCAGGGAGAGAUCCCUUCAGCUGGCCCAGUGCUGCAGUGACUGAGCACCAUCCUGUGAGGGACCUUUGUGUGGUGCCAGCAGAUCCUGUCCCAGCAGUGCUUGUCCUGCCCUCCUGCUGUGUUCAGCCCUAGCCCCCACGUGAAACCCCUGCUCGUAGCCCAAGCUGCCCAACUAGUUGCCCUGUCCCUGGUCAUUACUGGCUGCCCGUCUGCAUGAGAACACAGGAGCCCUUGCAUCCCCUGUGAUCAGUCCCCUGUGCUGGGGGUGGUCCCUGCUAAGGCAGAUUCUGGCUGUGGGUGGAAGAACAAAGGGUUGACCCUGGAGGAGCAUGCAGACCGCCCUGGGUGUGGUAAGGGAGGUGUUGGGGUCUGCUGGCAGGGAUGAAAAGAGGGCAGUCUCCCACCUGAGCAGUGAGGCAGCUGCAGCAGUGUUUAGGUAUCUCCACCACAAGAUGGGUCCAGGUUCUGAGAAGAGCCAAGCAGGGCAUUGUGUUUCAGGUUUCCCCUUAUUUAUCAGAUAAUUUAUCUGUAUUUAUUUAUUUGUCUGUGUCGUUUAACUUGUGUUGUGGAAAUAAAUCCUUUUUCUAUUAA